GGGCAUUGGCGUCAGGUUGUGGGGCCGAUGGGCGUGGAAGGCUGCUGAGGUGGGCUGCCGGCCGGGCGGCCGUCUCCAGGGGUCGCCAUGUCGCCGCCGGGCGUGCCCGAGCGCGUCGCGCGGCCGCUCAUCGCCCCCGGCAGCGAGUUCCUCUGCGGCUGGGGCGCCGCCUUUAUCAACAUCACCAUCACCUUCCCCAUCAACAAGAUCAUGUUCCGGCAGAUGUUGCACGGGGUCAGCAUGUGGUCAGCCCUGGGUCAACUGCGAAGCGAGGGUCUGCUGUUCCUGUACCGCGGCAUCUUACCACCGCUCUUUCAGAAGACAAUAUCGGUCUCUGUAAUGUUCGGCAUGUACGACCAGUACCAGCGUCAGCUGGAGGGCCGGCUGCCCCGGCUGGGCCGGCCGCUGGUUGACAUGGGCGCCGCCGUGCUGGCCGGCGCCACCGAGGCGCUUCUCACGCCGUUCGAGCGCAUCCAGAUCCUGAUGCAAGAUCGGCACUACCACUCGCGCUACGCCAACACGUGGCACGCGGCGCGCGAGCUGCGCGUGCACGGGCUGGCCGAAUACUACCGCGGCAUGGUACCUAUCCUGCUGCGCAACGGCGCCAGCAACGUGCUGUUCUUCGGGCUGCGCGAGCGGCUGAAGGCGGCGGCGCCGCACGGCGGCGGCCGCGCCUCGGCCGCCGCCUGGGACUUCACGUGCGGCGCCCUCAUCGGCGCCUUCAUCUCGACUGUGAUGUACCCGCUGAACGUGAUCAAGACGCACAUGCAGAGCGGCGUGGGUGGCCCGUACCGGGGUAUCGUCGAGACGCUUGGCGAGGUGUACCGAGCGCGCGGCCGCAGCGUGCGCGCCCUCUUCCGCGGCGUGCACGUCAACUACACGCGCUCCCUCAUCAGCUGGGGCAUCAUCAACAGCACGUACGAGCUUCUGAAGGGCUACAUGCAGUGAGCGGCGGCUGUCGCCGGUGGUCAGUCCGUACGCGCACCGACCACGCUAGUCAGUGAUUGUGGUCGGUGCCGAGGGUGCGGGCGGCUGCUGGUGACCGCGGCACCGCCAGGCGUGCCCCCCCCCC